AUGGCGAAUGCAUCUGGGAUUUAUAUUCCCGCGGCGCACAGUGUGGGGAGGAGAUUUUCGCCGUCGAUAGGCAUUUAUCGAUCUGGGUUUUGGUUCUCUGAAAGCGCGACCAGGAGAACAGUGUGCUCCGGCACCACUCAGGGCGCGGAGAAGCUCCCCGGUUCUGAUUCGAGAGCUCCCAGGCUUGUAAGCAGAGGCUGCAAGUUAGUUGGUUGUGGGUCUGCAGUACCAAGUCUUCAGAUAUCAAAUGAUGACCUCUCGAAAAUUGUCGACACUAAUGAUGAAUGGAUAUCAGUACGGACUGGAAUCCGUAAUCGAAGAAUAGUUUCCGGAAAAGAUAGUUUAACAGGUUUGGCUGUAGAGGCAUCAAAGAAAGCUCUCGAGAUGGCAAGGGUUAGUCCUGAUGAUGUUGACCUCGUGUUAUUGUGUACUUCGACUCCAGAGGACUUAUUUGGCAGUGCCCCACAGAUUCAAAAAGCACUCGGGUGCAAAAACAACCCAUUAGCAUAUGACAUUACUGCUGCCUGCAGUGGUUUCGUGUUGGGCCUAGUUUCAGCUGCUUGCUACAUUAGAGGGGGUGGCUUUAACAAUGUUUUGGUGAUUGGGGCUGAUGCUUUAUCUCGCUAUGUUGAUUGGACUGAUCGAGGAUCGUGCAUCCUCUUUGGUGAUGCUGCUGGUGCCGUAUUAGUACAGGCAUGCAACAGCGAAGAGGAUGGUUUAUUUGCCUUUGAUAUGCACAGUGAUGGUGAAGGGCAGAGACAUUUGAAAGCUAACAUAAAGGAGAAUGAAAAAGAUCACGACUUAGGCACAAAUGGCUCACUCCUUGGGGUUCUACCAAAAGACACGUCAUACUCGUGCAUCCAAAUGAACGGGAAAGAGGUCUUCCGUUUUGCUGUUCGUGUGGUCCCACAGUCAAUCGAGUUGGCUUUAGAGAAGGCGGGCCUAAGUAGAUCCAGUAUAGAUUGGUUACUUCUUCACCAGGCAAACCAAAGAAUUAUCGAUUCUGUAGCCACUCGGCUAGAAAUCCCAGCCGAACGAGUCAUAUCAAACCUGGCAAAUUAUGGCAAUACAAUUUACUAUCAAGAAAAAAAAAAUGAUACUGUGAUUAAGCAGAAAUAG